GCGAGCUGUCACACGGGACAGCGAGUCAAGGACUGCGGAGCAACGCGCCAUGUAUUGUCUGACUCGAAUAACGGGUGUGUUUUGACACUUGAAACGCCUUGAUCGCGGAAAGCAUUCCGAUGGUAUGACAGUCGGUUUUCCUGAGGUAUUUCUUAUACCUUUGUAAUACCAUAAUAGACUGUGUUCUUGUUUGUCGUCUCGUAUCCGGAUAUUUUUCCUUGCAACAAGUGGAAUUUUGGUGCGCAGACCACGAUCCAGCUGUCCCAGUCAUGGAGGAGCAAAAGGAUCAAAAUAGUCGUGAUUCGACUGAGUCUGAGAGCGUCUCGCUGUCACCCAAUAUACCAUCUCCUCCGAUUUUACCUCACCAGGCAGCGCAGCAAGCCCACAGAACCACGAACUUUUUCAUUGACAAUAUUCUAAGGCCAGACUUCGGUUGCAAGAAAGAUCUUGGGAGUAGGGACCGAGCGCAAACCUCUGGUAGGGAGAACGUUAACCCUAUGGUGAUAAGGCCGUCGCAUAAUAGCAGCCUUUGCCAGGAUUCAAACUGUAGUAGUGACAGCACUUCUUCGUCAUCGUCGUCUUCGCCAUUCUCAAAGCAGUCUUCGGCGAAGCUUGUCGAAGGAAAUGGAACUACCACACCAAGGCACGGGGAGAAUACGACGUCGAUAAUGGUGGUUAACACUAACGGGGGAACUCCGCCGGCUAAAGAAUCGCAACCUUUAUUAUGGCCUGCGUGGGUGUACUGCACAAGGUACUCGGACAGACCUUCAUCUGGCCCAAGGACACGAAAAUUGAAAAAGAAGAAAAGCGAGAAGGAAGACAAGCGACCGAGAACCGCUUUCACGGCUGAACAGCUGCAGAGACUUAAAGCUGAGUUUCAGGCGAAUCGGUACAUUACGGAGCAGCGGAGACAGUCUUUGGCCCAGGAACUCAACCUCAACGAGUCGCAAAUAAAAAUCUGGUUCCAAAACAAGAGGGCCAAAAUCAAAAAGGCCACUGGUUAUAAGAACGGCCUCGCUCUUCAGCUCAUGGCUCAAGGACUCUACAACCAUUCCACAACUACAGUUCAAGAUGAAAAAGACGAUAGCGAAUAAAAUGGCCAGAUUUCUCCCCUACAAUGGCCAUGGACGCUGACCUCGGCAAAAGUGAUUUUCAUAUUUUUUAUGACUCAAGUGAAAUGGAAACUUCUGCGAAUCGAAUAGACGAUAUUUAAACAAAUUCCUGUUUAUCAUACAGUAUAUGGACAUGCAUCUACGAACACUAUGAAAAUUUAUAUAUAGCCAAAACUGUAAGAUGUGUAUUUAAUUCCAGGUAAGGGAUGUCUAUAUUGCUCCUUACUUGCUAAUAUUUCUAACGUUUAUCUCUUUCCCCAAUGUGGUUGCUCACCGUUCCAGUAGGCCUAAAUGUCAGGCUUGUUAGUUUUUGUGAUAGCCCUGUCUCUUAAAUCCCUUAUCUCACAGUUCUUCAAAUGCGUGACUGAACCAACGCUCCAAGCCAAAGAUUUUAAUAUGUUCAGAUUAUGUUGUCUGAAAUAAAAAAAAGAUAGAAUGCGCCUUUGUUUUUUUUUUGUUCAGAUUUUUGUUAUUAGUGUUUUUUUCUAGUCUACAAACUUUCACGCAUUUACAUGAUCGAUACGAUGACUUGUCACAACCUUAUUUAUUUUAUUUUUAUUGUAUUUUUUACAACUGUGGGCCUUGUACAAAAGACGAUUUUCUACGCUACACUGAAUUUUUUAAACGAGGCAUUGGAUUGAGGUUACACGAUAAAUGCAAAAUGAUUUUUUUUUAAUGACUGAUAUACCUUUGAGAUAAUUAUUUAGAAUUAGUCUCGUAUUUUCAAUAUCUGAUUGAGAAUCUUUUACGGUCUUUUUCAUAAUAACCAAUAUGGAGUCCUCACAAGUCUAAUUUUUUUUUUACAUUAUCAUUAUCAUUAUUAAUAUUAUAAUUAUUCUUAUUGUUUUAUAUAAAGUUUUAUGUCAUUUUGAUAAAUACUGAAGGAUU